AACCUGUUUCAGGCUCAGUCUUUAAAGGCGAAUUAUUUCUUUACUUUUUUCUCAACAAUGUUUGUAUAGCCUCAAAUGAACAAGCUACAGAUGUUCAUGCAACGUCCGGAGCAUGUUUGAUUGAAUAUGAAUGGUUUUAUGGCGUAGGCAUUGGUUGAAAAAAUACCUAAUUGUCAUACUUGAGUAAAAGUAAAGAUACCUCAACAGAACAUUUCUCAAGUAAAAGACUGAAAGCUUUUGGUUUUAAAUAUACGUGUGUAUCAAAAUGUAAUGUAAUUUGCUAAAAUACUUAAGUAUAACAAGUUAAAUUGUAGAUAAUUUCACUUUCCUUCUUUUUAUUUACGAAUAGACAGUGGCACACGCCAACAAAUGUACAUUUAAUUUACAAACGAAACAGAUGUGUUUAGUGAGUCUGCUAGAUCAGAGGCAGUAGGAAAGACCAAGGAUGUUCUCUUGAUAAGUGUGUGCAUUGGACCAUUUUCCUACCCUGCUAAGCAUAAAAAAUAUACUUUGGGUUCCAGGGAAAAUACACGGAGUAAAAAAUAUGAAUAGUAUAGACACCCCAAAAAACGACUUAAGUAAAAAAAUACUUGAAAUUACUUCUUAAGUAUCCCACUGAGGAUAGAUCUAAAACAUGGCGGAACCAAACCAAAGACCUCAACGUAAGAUGUCCACGGCAGGAGACGGUCUGUACAAGGUCCUCGGACUGGAGAAGGGGGCGUCGCAAGACGAAAUAAAGAAGGCAUACAGGAAACUAGCACUGAGGCAUCACCCUGACAAGAACCCAGACAAUCCCGAGGCAGCUGAGAAGUUUAAGGAAAUCAACAAUGCCAACUCCAUCCUCAACGACGAAACCAAGAGGAAGGUCUAUGACGAGUACGGCUCCAUGGGCCUCUAUGUCGCAGAGCAGUUUGGAGAGGAGAGUGUUAAAUACUACUUCCUCAUGCACAAGUGCUGGUUCAAGACCCUGAUGGUGUUCUGUGGGAUCUUCACCUGCUGCUGCUGCUGCUGUUUCUGCUGCUUCUGCUGUGGGAAGUGCAAGCCACCGGGGAACGAGGAGCACGCAUACGUAGACCCAGAGGACCUUGAGGCCCAGAUCAGAGCUGAGCAGGACAGGGGUGAUCAUCAACCCGUUGUGGUGCAACCUCAUUCUGCUGCUGUUGAGAAGGCAGAGUCUGACCACGACCAGUCUGCAUCCAACCACUCUGACCCUAUAUUCACCACAACGGACCAGUAAGAACCUGUUAGCGGGGCGUCUUCCCAUAGCCUGGUCCCAGAUCUGUUAGUGCUGUUUUGCUAACUCCUAUGGUCAUAGGGACUUGGCAAGACUGCACAGACAUGGGACCAGUCUAGUCUUCCCAGUCUGCUACUGCCAACCAAGAUGGUCCACUCCACUGAAAAUACUGUGAUCAGUUUCUGUGGAUCAGUGGCAGGUGCUUAAAUUCUUACAGUCAACCCUCUGUACUAUAUGUGGCCAAAGCCAUGUACAGUUCCUUCAGAAAGUAUUCAUACCCCUAGAUUUAUUCCACAUUUUGUGUUACAGCCUGACUUUUUCUUACCCAUUGACACAAUAACUCAUAAUGACAAUGUGAAAACAUGUUUUUUGACAUUUUUGCUAAUCAAAUGUAUAAAUAUCUUAUUUACAUAAGUAUUCACAACCUGGAGUCAAUAGUUGUUAGAAUCACCUUUGGCAGCGAUUUUAAAGCUGAGUAUUUCUGGGUAAGUCUCUAAGAGCUUUGCACAUAUGGAUUGUCCAAUAUUUGCACAUUAUUCUUAAAAAAAUUAUUCCAGCUCUGUUAAGCUCAUUGCUACACAUCCAUGUUCAUGUCUUGUCGUAGGUUUCCAAGCAGAUUUAGGUCAAAACUGUUACUAGGUCACUCAGGAAAAUUCUAUGUCAUCUUGGUAAGAAAAUCUAGUGUAUAUUUGGCCUUGUGUUUUAGGUUAUUGUCCUGCUGACAGGUGAUUUUUUUUGUCUCCGUGUCUGUUGGAAAGCAGACUGAACCAGGUUUUCCUCUUGGAUUUUACCUUAGCUCUAUUCCGUUUUUUUUUGUUAUAUCAACCACUGCCUAGUUCUUGCCGAUGACAAGCAUACCCAUAACAUGAUGCAGCCACCACAAUGCUUGAAAAUAUGAGGAGUGGUAUUCAGUAAUGUGUUGUGUUGGAUUUGCUCCCAACAUAACACUUUCUAUUCAGGACAUUAAGUUAAUUUCCUUGCCACAGGUUUUACUUUAGUGCCUGUUUUGGAAUAUUGUGUACAGACUUUCUUCUUUUGACUUUGUCGUUUAGGUUAGGCUAUUGUGGUGUAACUACAAUGUUGUUGAUCCAUCCACAGUUUUCUCCUAUCACAGCCAUUAAAGUCAGUAACUGUUUUAAAGUUACCUUUGACCUCAUGGUGAGAUCCCCGAGCGGUUUCCUUCCUCUCCAGCAAACUAAGUUAGGAAGGACGCCUGUAUCUUUGUAGUGACUGGGUGUAUUGAUAGACUGAGUUAGGAAGGAGUCCUGUAUCUUUGUAGUGACUGGGUGUAUUGAUACAAUGAGUUAGGAAGGACGCCUGUAUCUUUGUAGUGACUGGGUGUAUUGAUACACUGAGUUAGGAAGGAGUCAUGUAUCUUUGUAGUGACUGGGUGUAUUGAUACACUGAGUUAGGAAGGAGUCCUGUAUCUUUGUAGUGACUGGGUGUAUUGAUACACUGAGUUAGGAAGGACACCUGUAUCUUUGUAGUGACUGGGUGUAUUGAUACACUGAGUUAGGAAGGAGUCCUGUAUCUUUGUAGUGACUGGGUGUAUUGAUACACUGAGUUAGGAAGGACGCCUGUAUCUUUGUAGUGACUGGGUGUAUUGAUACACUAUCCAAAGUGUAAUUAAUAACUUCACCAUGCUCAAAGGGAUAUUCCAUGUGGGCUUUAAAAAAUAAAUACAAAUUAUGUCACAUAAGUCCAUGCAACUUAUGUGACUUGAUAAGCAAAUUGUUACUCCUGAACUUUAUUUAGGCCAAAACAAAGGGCUUGAAUACUUAUUGACUCAAGACAUUUCAGCUUUUCAUUUUUUUAUUAAUUUGUAAAAAUGUCUAAAAACAUAAUUGCACUUUGACAUUAUGGGGUAUUGUGUGUAGGCCAGCAACACACAAUCUAAAUGUAAUCCAUUUUCAAUUCUGGGGGUAACAACAAAAUGUGGAAAAAGUCAAGUAGUGUGAAUAAUUAAGGCACUGUAUGUGGAUUUAUAUUUUGUUAUCUUAAUAAUAAGACUGUAUAUGUCUCAUUUCAAUUGCCAGUUGUGGUCUAUGUUUACAAGAGUCAUACAUUCUUAUGAUUGUGCCAAGUUUACCUUAAUGCGUAGGCGAUCUUUUUGUAGAUUUGAAAAAUUAGAAUUUUUAAAUAGUACGAAACAGUAUGUACAGGUUAACGGCUUCUAUGUAUGCUUAAUGGACCAUGUAGAGAGGGUGAUUGAAUCGAAACUGACGUCUCCCAAAUGGCUUCUUGUCUUGUGCACUACCUUUUGACCUCCGCUAUGUAGUGCACUACUUUUCACCAGGGCCCAUAAGUCUCUGGUCAAAAGUAGUGCACUAUAUAGGGAAUAGUGUGCCAUUUUGAGAGACAGCCUGAGUCUGAAUUCGUAAAUAAAUGUGCACUUUAAGCGCCUUCUUAGCAUAAUGAACCACUGUCAUAGUAAGGGCUGCUGUGGUCUGCCACUCCCCCUUACGUGGGAGCCAAUAACUGCAACUUUAACCUAUGUAAAGAAAUGCUUGAAUGUGUUGUUUAUGUUUGUUUGUAGGCUACAGAGCAAUAUUUGUUCAGGCUUUAUUUUCAGUUUUCCAAAGCUUGUGAUUCCAAUUUGUAGGAUUCUGUAUGCCAACCCCAGUCCUGAACUCACAUAUGUGCUCACUGUUUUUAUUUUGUCAUGUCUCUCUCAUACCUCCCAGUUUUUUCUUUCUCUGUGUGUAAUAAUAUAGGAGAUGUUGUCAUUUAAAACUCUCUCUGUAUUCCUGAACCAAAUGAUUUUCUAUAUCUUUUGAUUUAAUCUUGUGUGGUCUGGAUACACCUGUCAUAUUCCCUUUCUGUACACUCUAUAUAUUUGUUUAUAUUAAUCGCUUCCCACGUUCGCCCGCUAGACUUUUUAAACACUUGGACACCAAGUAAUGACAGUCGUUGAAAAGCGUUGUCUCACACACCAGCAAUCCGCAUAUUUUAAAGUGGGUUUCUGUUGUAGUUCACCAGUUUCAGUGAAUACUGCCAAAAUUCCAAUGCAGGUCAAAAUAAUCUUUCCGUAAUUGUUCACUCGACCUAAUAUGGAUAGAACAAAGGCCUUGCUUUUAAUAAACUUUUUUUUUUAUCCUACUUUCAGUUUUAUAUACUGUUCAUACUGUAAAAUAUAUUUAUGUGUGUGUGUGUAUAUGAUUAAUAAAUUGGGGAUUCUGAUCAA